GACUUCCACAACCCUGCUUUUACUUCUUCCUGGUUACAACCAGUGAAGAAGAAAACUCCCGCCCCAUCCGCUCCACUUUUAAACCAAGGCGGGACGCCUGCACUUUUGCUCCAUUUCGUAAGCGCUUUAUUAACUUUUUCCUGGCCAAAAUGGUGAGAACAAAAGCCGACAGUGUCCCUGGAUCCUACAGAAAAGCGGUUGCAGCGUCUGCACCCCGAAAAUCCCUGGGCUCCAGCUCAGCCAACUCGCCCUCCUCCAGCAGUGGCUCCCCCACCGCCGCUAAGAACAAAUACGCUGGCGGGAACCCUGUGUGCCCCCGUCCUACCCCGACCUGGCAGAAGGGCAUUGGGGACUUCUUUGGGGGACCUCCCAGGAAGCCAGAGAAAGAAAACCAGAAGCCUCAAGAGGUUGAGGAUGGUGAAGAGGCUGGGGGCAGUGGGAUGUCAAAGGCCAGCAGGAAGUCCAGACCUCUCCCUCCUGAAGAUGAAGAGGAUGAUGAUUGAUUGAUCUAUCUUGCUUCUUUCUGGCUCUUCCGAUGUACAUCUGUAUAUAAAUUUCCAAUGAAUUCAUUUGUAUAGUCAACCAUUGUUUCUAACUGGUGUUUAAAUGAGCUUUGUGUCAUCAGUUUGACUGUUUUCUAAUAAAACGUUUUAAACAUGAAA